UUACCACACUGUUCUAACCUACACCUCUAGUGUUUUAUUUUGAUAAAAUAGAUAACAAAACCAAAUAAACAAAAUGUUGUUAUCAACGCACAAAUUUGCCUUGUUGUGUAUUGUAAUUUUAUCACUGGUAAAUCAAGGUUUGUCUUUGUGGUGUUAUCAGUGCGUUUCUACACAACCCGGUUGCGGGACGCCCUUUAAUUGGCUUUGGCAUUGGACAAAAGUAUGUCCAGAGGAUGAUGAUGUUUGUGUUAAAAUUAUCGAGCAGAAAGAUGGUGAAACUGUUAUUACAAGGGAUUGCUUGAGUUCUAUGCUGCCAGUCAGGACUGAUAUUCCAGCUGACCACUAUGAGGGUUGCAGACCUGCUGCAGUUGACGAGAAACUAGGACACUAUGUUAAUAAUUCUAUAAAAGAACUGGAUAUUCACAGGAACUAUUAUGAUAAGACAACAUGGUGCUUCUGUUUCCUGGAUCACAGAUGCAAUGAUGGCACAUCAGUCACUCCAUCCAAGAUUUUGAUGGCAUUUGGAACAAUUUUAACAUGUUUACUUGUAGUUUUUAACUUAUAAUGUUCAAAAUAGGUUAAAUUUUUUGAUUCUCGUUUUUUCUGAUUUACUUUAUUUAACAUUCCAUCCAAAUGUUAUAUUUUGGAGACUCUCGAUUUUUCUGAUGUACUUUAUUUAACAUUCCGUCCAAAUGUUAUAUUUUAGAGACUGUUAUAAAUAAUCUUUGUUUACAAAAGUUUUAUAUUCAUAUAAUUAUGUAGAUAUUUUAUACAAAUGACGAUUUUGUAAAUAUUUAGGUAAAAAUCAAUGAUAUGAACUACUUUGUGCCUUAAUAAAAGAUCUACCCAAUA